AUGGCGCAUGAUAUGGACAGCUUGAUGAAGUCCCCGGGGCUGACAGACCUGGAGCUUUCGCCUCCCACUUUACUGGCGUCUCUGUCCCCGAAAAGUUCCAAGCGCGCGGCUGGCAAGAUUCGGUCAGCCUCAAUCUCAGACUCCUGCGAGCCCUUCUCCGGGAAAGAGGAGCUGCCAGACAUCCAGGAAAAGGAGGCCGCACCGGAGCUCACUAAGACCGAUGCCUUGGCGCUGCAGCGCGCCCUCCUGGCCGCCUUCGAAGAGCCCAGCUUCCAGCGACGUUUGCGGGAGCUCGCGGAAGAGCACCGCGUGUCCCAGGGAAAGACGAGGGGCUACACGGCGGGUUUCAUGCGUUUGGUCCGGCGAGAGCAGAUGAAGGUCCUGCCGGACUUUGGCUUUGAGGCCUCGGAACAUGGCGUGGAGGCGAUGCUCCGAGCCUUUGCGGAGUGGAAGGGGGAUUGCGACAUCCAGGUCCAAGAGAAGAUCAUUCAAGACACCCUGCGAAGCGCAGAGCCCAAGAACGAGGCGGACCAUGUCGAAGCCCCUGCCCGAACCAGGCCAGCAAACAAGUUCGAUAUUGCAAACAUGCUUCAUGAGUUGCAAAUUGCCUUCAGUGAGCCGUGGUUCCAGGACGAGAUCCAUGAAUUAAGGGUGUCAGCAGACUAUCGCGCAGGCCGACGCAACCCGGAGCCGGGCGCACUCCCAACGCUGGACGAGCACGCAGUGGACCCGGAGGGCUACUACAAUUUGUCAGGCCGUGCUGCCCUCGCCCUGCAGGGGCACAAGCACAUACUGCCUCGCUAUUGCUUCGAGGGCACUCCUGAGGGUGUGCGCAAGAUGCUUCUUCAUGUGUCCACCUACCUCGGUGACAAAGAUGUGGACAGGGCCUUCGACGCCGUCAAUUGCAAGCUGGGAAUGGAACCCAACGCGCGGCUGCGGUUCCGGCAGCUGGUGGCUUCGGCUUCGGCCCAAAGCCUUGACUUGGAGGCCUUGCACUGCACGCCCAGCCGGGCCUCCAACUCGCCCUCGCCCAGACGCCAACCCUGA